AUGGACACGGAAAAAGCAGUUUCCUAUCUGAGUGGCCUCCUCGGCCGAACUCUGCGUAUUCACGCAAGUGACGGUCGCAUGUUUGUUGGUCUCUUUAAAUGCACUGACGCCGAUCGAAAUAUCAUCCUGGCCAAUUCCUUUGAAUACCGUAUGCCUAGCGCCUCUGCCGUCCAAGAAGCCGCCGCGAAAGAAACAGAGUCAUGGGACGAAACCCAAGUGAAAGCUACACGGGUCAAGGUCAAUAUGAGCAGCCGAUUGAUUGGUCUGAUCGUCGUUCCUGGCCACCACAUUACGAAGAUUGAGCUGGAAUAA